CGGGCGGGGGCAGCAUGGCGGCCGCGUAGCCGCCCGGCCGGAGACCAUGUCCGGCCCGCGGGAGCCGGCCGACGCCGCGCCCUUCCUCAGCCAGGCGGACGACCCCGGGGAGCCCCCCGCCCAGCAGGAACGGGGCGCGGGGGGCCCGCGGCGCCUCCCCGGCCUGUCCGCCCCGCGCUCCGUCCUCAUCGUGGCCGUCCUCUGUUACGUCAACCUCCUCAACUACAUGGACAGGUUCACCGUGGCCGGUGUGCUCCCCGAUAUUGAGCAGUUUUUCGGCAUAGGCGACAGCAGCUCUGGCCUCAUCCAGACAGUUUUUAUCAGCAGUUACAUGAUUUUGGCGCCUGUGUUUGGCUACCUGGGAGAUAGAUACAACCGGAAAUACAUCAUGUGUGGAGGGAUAGCGUUCUGGUCACUGGUAACACUGGGCUCCUCGUUCAUCCCUAAGGAGAGAUUUUGGCUCCUCCUCCUGACCCGGGGGCUGGUGGGGGUCGGGGAGGCCAGUUAUUCCACCAUCGCCCCCACCCUUAUUGCCGACCUCUUCGUGGCCGAUCAGCGGAGCCGCAUGCUUAGUAUCUUCUAUUUUGCCAUCCCUGUGGGGAGCGGUCUGGGCUACAUCGCUGGCUCGAAGGUGAAAGACGUGGCCGAAGACUGGCACUGGGCGCUCAGGGUGACCCCGGGCCUAGGGGCGGUGGCCGUGUUGCUGCUGUUCCUGGUGGUGCGGGAGCCGCCUCGGGGAGCCGUGGAGCGCCGCUCGGACGACCCCCCGCUCAGCCCCACGUCGUGGUGGGCCGACUUGCGGGCCUUGGGCCGGAAUCCCAGCUUCGUGCUGUCUUCGCUUGGAUUCACCGCCGUGGCCUUUGUCACGGGCUCUCUGGCACUGUGGGCCCCGGCCUUUCUUCUCCGAUCCCGGGUGGUCUUGGGGGAGACCCCGCCCUGUCUUCCCGGGGAUUCCUGCUCUUCCUCAGACAGCCUGAUCUUUGGCGUGAUCACCUGCUUGACCGGUGUCCUGGGCGUGGCCUCGGGGGUGGAGAUCAGCCGCCGGCUCCGCCGCUCCAACCCCCGGGCCGAUCCCCUGGUUUGUGCCGCCGGCCUGCUGGGCUCGGCCCCCUUCCUCUUCCUGGCUCUCGCCUGCGCCCCCAGCAGCAUCGUGGCUACGUAUGUUUUCAUUUUCAUCGGGGAGACGCUACUGUCCAUGAACUGGGCCAUCGUUGCUGACAUCUUGCUGUACGUGGUAAUUCCUACCCGCCGCUCCACGGCGGAGGCCUUCCAGAUCGUCCUCUCCCACCUGCUUGGCGAUGCUGGGAGUCCCUACCUCAUUGGCUUGAUUUCAGACCGGCUGCGUCGAGGCCGGCCCCCAUCCUUUCUGUCCCAGUUCCGGGCGCUCCAGUUUUCCCUCAUGCUCUGUGCCUUCGUUGGGGCCCUUGGGGGAGCAGCCUUCCUGGGCACUGCCAUCUUCAUCGAAGGGGAUCGGAAGAGAGCCCAGCUCCACGUGCAAGGUCUCUUGCGGGACGCUCCGUCUCCGGACGAACGGAUCGUGGUUCCCCAGCGAGGCCGCUCCACCAAGGUCCCGGUGUCGAGCGUGCUCAUCUGAGCCCGGGGCCGGGCCCGGCCCGGGAAUACCGGACGGAGCCCCCCUCGCGUCGCAGAGCUGGGGGCAGUGGGGCUCGGACCGAUCGGUUCCCCGGCCUCCCCCUGUACCUGAGACCACCCGCCUCUUCCUCCUACCUGAGACCACCCGCCUCUUCCUCCCCACCUGGCUUCCUUCUGAACCUGCGAAGAGAGAAGCCCAGACUUCGGGGCCUCUGACCCAGAAUGUGAAAGGGAGAGACAGCAUCUCAGCACGUGUGGCUCAAGUGCUCAUGCGCGCAAAUGCACGUUCACACACACACACACUAAACAAACACACGGCCUGUGCGCUCGCUCAGGCCGUGUAUGCCCACAUACCCCUGCCAGAGUUGGGCGGUCUCGGGGGAAGCUGAGCAGGGUCUCCCGAGCCCUGUACGGAUUUGAGGCGGGGGAGGAGCGAGGGAGUGGGAGUCCGUCAUUUCCCACGCCGGUCAGGGGUCCUCCUCCCUCCUCAGACCCAGGGUUGGAGAGGGCUGGCGGAUUAGGCCCCCUCUCCUGCCCCCGGGGCCGUGACCUGUCCCUUCUCUCUGGCCCCGGGUCCCCGGGGCCGGGGAGCAGGGCCGGGAGGUAGCUGAGGUGGGACUGCUGCUUUUUCCUUUGUCUAGCAGGCGGCCCCGGUGCUAUUUGUAUCUGAAUAAACUUUUAACCAGA